CAAACCACCAAUAUCAGUCGCGGGAAAAUACCAUUUACCUCCAUCUGCCCUUCUCCACACACUUCACUACCGCCCUGAACGCACUGUCCUGCAGACGAUUUGUCCGCGAUAAGAGGAGGCCUUAGCUUCGACCUGAGUUCUCCACCUACGUUGCCUCCCUCCAUUGAGUUUCGGUAAAUAUGUGAGAAGGGCUGCUAGUUUUCAGCCUCCUCCACGCCACUUACAACACUCGAUUUCGUUUGUGGACCACAUCUCACGUCGAUGAGCCAUGUCGGCGUUCACGCCAGAACAACUGGCGUACCUAGAAGCGCACAAAGACGACUCUAGAGUGCAUGAGAUAUACUGGGUAUACUCCAUUCCUAUCGCUGCAAGUAUCAUUAGCACGUCUUUGCGACUGUGGGCAAAACGAGCGGGAAGAAACGGAAUCACACUUGACGACUACCUCAUCGUUUUCGCGACCAUAUGCCUGAUCGGCCAGUGCGCAAGUGGACUUGGAUAUGGCCCGCCCCAUGGAAUGGGCAGACAUGUUAUUGCUGUCGCUCCCUACGAUUUGACUCAGGUUCGAAAGGGUGACUACGUCUUCAGUCAUUUCUACGACAUCGCGCUUGUCACGGUCAAACUCGGUAUUCUUGCUCUUUACCACCGUGUCUUUGUCGUUCCUCUAUUUCGAAGGGUUGUUCUUGCGACUGCAGCAUUCGUACUGGCGUGGGGGGUCGGCAUUACCGUAACCCUUGCUCUCCUCUGCCGGCCCAUAGAGGCAUACUGGGACCCCAAAGUUACGGGAAAAUGCCUCGACCUCACAAAAUUCACCUACUUCACCAACAUCUCGAAUCUCAUUACGGAUAUUUGGAUCUUCCUCAUUCCAGUCCCAGUCAUUUGGCAUUUGCAGCUCCAGACGAAGAAGAAACUACUUCUUUGCUUCAUCUUCUCUAUUGGCUUAGCAACAUGCAUCGUCUCCUCUAUCCGUCUGACGGUUGUGCUCGGGCACACCAACCCCGACUUUACUUGGUAUUACGUUCCACUCGGAGCUUACUCCGCCUUCGAACCUCUUGGAGGCAUUCUCUGCACAAACCUCCCGAUCAUUUGGCAUAUGUGGCGCAAGAGGCGACCGCUACUUCCCGGCUCCUCGGCAUUUAAGUCACACCCUUCGACGACUGCGACCCCUGGAUCUAGCGGCUCUCGACGAAGCCGCUUUGCCCGCGGUUUACAAUCGCUCGGCCUGAGCACCGUCAGCGAGGCUGGUACGGAUAGUCAAUCACGAACGAUACUUGGUACGGAAGAGGAUGGGGAGAAUAGGUGGAUGGCAGUAGCCAAUCCGCAGUCCUCGGAAGCUGAUUUAAACAAGGAAGGAACCAAUGUGACAGUCACGCAGCCACGGCCUGCGCAGUUCUGGAAUAAAGUUGAAAGAGGUCGUGCCCCUCAGCCUGAAAUGGAAGUGGCAGGUAGUGCAAGUGGCGGAAUAAAAGCUGAAAGGGAAGUUUUGCAAGACUCAAAGAGGCAGAGUUGGCGCGGACCAAAGAGCCCGCAAGGGUUGAAGAAGAAUGUGUGGGAGGUGCGCAAGAAGUGACGAAUCCAUUAUCAAGCGAAACCACACGCAGUCUCGCAUCACAUAUUUUAGCCUUCGGGCCGCUUGAGCAGGUUUGCAUUCACAUUCACACCACCGUCGAAAUACCCGGCCGCGAUGGCGCACAGAAGUUCCUAGUUCCCUUCUCUUUUUGCUUGGAUUUUGGUUCUCGGUUCGGACACGACACGGCUAUUUGCGUAUACCUAUAAUGGGCAUAAAUAUGGUUAUUUGGGAUGGGACAUCACGACCACGGACGCAUUCGGUUUUGAACUGAAUUAGUGAUGGAAAUACGGCUAGUGCCUCUAUAUAGGUUCUUGGGUCUUUGCAUUUAUAGCGACGGUGUCUAUGGGUUUGUUCGGAUUUCAUUAUUGGAUUUGAGUGUCCGCGGGAGGGCUUAAACUCGACUUUGGCGUCCAUUUCAGAACGGACUGAGAUCAUUUGUGUACGAUGUGGACUGUGGAGCAUAAAUACAGCCUUCAACUGUCUACCAAAC